AUGAUGCGGCGCGGUUCAAUGGCGAUGAUUGGCGGGGGGGAACCCUUGAUCGUAGUGGAGGAGAGCGGGGCGGAGGAUACGGACUCGUCUCCCAGGUCUUCGGCGCCGAUUCGCGGUCUUUCUGUGGAUACGGAGUCACCACCAGAUCCAUACCAUCUCUCACCGUGGCGCGAAACGCGUAAACACUCGUUGCCUACACCAUCCUGCACUACUGGACCUACUGCUAGCCAGGUUCGUCGCCUUUCCGAGCGAGGUGAGGGUGCCGCACGAGAAGCUCGUGAGGCAGCGUUCUUGGCUACACUGAGCCAAGCACCACCGCAGCCAGGCGGUCGAAGACAUUCCGUAGUGACAAUAUCCCGAGUGCCGCAGGCGCUGUUCGGACGGGGCCGCCGCGAAUCUAUCGCUGCAUUCCCAGCACUCUCUCGCCGUAGGGAUUCUGGGGUGUCAUUCGCAGGUCCGCCAGCAACAGACACAUUGGGCAGCACCCACAACUUACAGCUUGACAUAAUGGAUGACAUAGUACAAGCGCGCAAAGUUCGCAUGCGCCUUUGGAACACCUCAAAUGAACGAGUCUGCGAGGUCCAGCCCAUUGACCAGCGCUCACCAAUGAGUGGUUCCGUUAGAUACACAAACCGAGGACGCAGACAUUCUGAUUUCGUUGGUGCUCCAUUGCCACCAAUCCCAGCCCGUCGGCGAGCCUCAGAGAUGCCUCCACCACCACCAAUACCACCGCGUGCAAAUGCCGGCGUCGUCUGUACUGAUACAGAUCUCCAUCUUAUGCUCAAUGCGCUUACUUCUUCUGCUACUGAAAUAGACCGUUGCGGAAAACCAGAACGAACUCGACGUCUCGCUGAUAUGAGGUCAAGCAGUUUUGAUACCUCCACACUUAGGGAAAAACCUGCAGAGUCUGGCACCACCUGGUUUACUCGUAGGCACCAAACGUUAGAGACAAAGAAAAAAGAAAAUGAACCACCAAAAAAGAACAAAGUUGCAUUUGCACCAGAUUCAAAACCAGCUCCUGGUGACGUUGCAGCCGUAGUCUGGGAUAAACCCUCAGGAUCUGUCGUGGAUGCUAGUGCACUGGGUAGUGCCAUAGAAGUAUUUCUAAGGAAGAGUUCAGCUGUGGACCCAGUAGCGUCCACUUCUGGCACAGUUGCAUCAAAAGAAUUGCCAGCUAAGAGCAAUGAGACUCGAGUUAAGCCAAGAGACAUUCCAGGAGGAAGCCGGCCUGUGCAGCGCCCUGAAGGAGAGCGUUGGUACACCAAUAGGCCAGAGGAGGAGGAAACGUCGGAGAGCUGUGACGCAACUCUCUGCACGUCACUAAAGGACCUUUUCGUGUAG